CUUAAAUGUCAUAUCUAUUAUCUCAUAUGUGAAUCAAAAGAUCCCAAGCAGCCAGGAAAAAAACGGCCCAUCACCAAAAAGCCCAAUUAGCCCAAUACAUCACCUAGCUCCACGAGCCCAGUACUUAGCGACGAACAGGGCCUAUUUCCUUCCCGGGCUCGUUAGCCUACUCCAAGUUCAAGGAACGAACUUUUAUUUCGUCUCAUUUCCGAUUUUCGGUAUUUGCAGCUGCCGCCGGUUGCUGCAGCUGAUCGGAUUUCUCGCCUCCGCCGUCUUCUCAAACUAGGGUUUAUCCUCCCUUCCCUCCUUGCAAGCCCUCAGCAAUUCUCCUCAAUUUCUCCGCUUCCUUCUGAAGCUUCAAUGCCGCCGCGGAGCAACAGCGACGUUCGCUUCACUUCGUCCACCGUCAAAAUCCCUCCUUUGGCCGGCCGCAAUCCUCCUCCACCACCGCCGCCUCCGUUCCUCCCUCAUAAUCCACUAGCUCAGCUCGCCAGAACGAAAUUCUGCUCAAUUUCUCUGCUUCCUUCUCAAGCUUCAAUGCCGCCGCCGCGGUGCAACAGCGACGUUCGCUUCACUUCGUCCACCGUCAGAAUCCCUACUCUCUCCGGCCGCAAUCCUCCACCACCACCGCCGCCGUUCCUCGCUCAUAAUCUACUAUCACAGCUCGCCAGAGCGAAAUCCUCCUUCGACAAUAUCCUAGACUCCCUAAUUUCUCGCUCCCUCGGCUCGAUUCAGCGACACUCGGGCGCUCGAAGCCUUCGCUCGCCCCUUCUAUGUUCGGCGUCGCUCUCGCUCACUGGUUCUCAGCCGCCGCGGCAGUCAAUUCUGUGUUCUGCAUCGUUGGCUCUGAGUCAGCCCGCUGACUCUGGCCCGCCGGAAGCUUCGGUGGUGACGCAGCAGAAGAGCGGCGGACACUCGGUGAGUAGGGGUGAUGAAGAGAGGGUGUUGAUUAGUGAAGUGUUGGUUAAGAACAAGGAUGGCGAGGAGCUGGAGAGAAAGGACCUUGAAGCUGAGGCGAUGGCGGCAUUGAAGGCCUGCCGCCCGAAUUCAGCUCUCACUGUGCAGGAAGUUCAAGAGGAUGUGCACAGGAUCAUCGACAGUGGCUACUUCUCCUCGUGUAUGCCUGUGGCAGUAGACACUAGAGAUGGCAUUAGAUUAGUGUUUCAGGUAGAACCAAACCAAGAAUUCCAGGGUGUUGUGUGCGAAGGGGCAAGCGUCCUCCCCACAAAGUUUCUAGAGGAUGCUUUCCGUUACGAGUAUGGGAAAGUUGUGAAUGUUAGGCGUUUGGAUGAUGCUAUAACUGCUGUCAAUGGAUGGUAUAUGGAGCGUGGCCUUUUUGGUUUGGUUUCGGGGGUUGAGAUCCUUUCGGGUGGUAUCAUAAGGGUGCAAGUUGCAGAAGCAGAGGUGAAUGACAUUUCCAUCCGUUUCCUUGACCGGAAGACUGGUGAACCAACUAAAGGGAAGACAAAGCCUGAAACAAUACUUAGGCAAUUGACAACCAAGAAGGGCCAGGUGUACAGUAUGAUUCAAGGGAAAAGAGAUGUGGAUACUGUGUUAACUAUGGGGAUUAUGGAAGAUGUCAGCAUCAUCCCACAACCUGCUGGAGAUACCGGCAAAGUUGAUUUGAUCAUGAAUGUUGUUGAACGUCCAAGUGGAGGUUUCUCAGCUGGUGGAGGAAUAUCUAGUGGGAUUACAAGCGGCCCUUUGUCGGGACUCAUCGGGAGCUUUGCUUAUUCUCAUCGAAAUGUUUUUGGAAGAAACCAAAAACUUAACAUUUCCCUGGAGAGGGGCCAAAUUGAUUCUAUAUACCGCGUUAACUACACCGACCCAUGGAUUGAGGGAGAUGAUAAGCGGACAUCUAGAACAAUUAUGGUUCAGAAUUCAAGAACUCCUGGGAAUCUUGUUCAUGGUAACCAGCCUGGCGAUAGUAGUCUGACAAUUGGCCGCGUGACAGCUGGCAUAGAGUUUAGUAGACCACUGAGGCCAAAGUGGAGCGGAACGACUGGAGUUAUUUUUCAGCAUGCUGGCGUUCGUGAUGAAAAAGCCAAUCCCAUCAUCAAGGACCGUUACAGCAGUCCUCUUACUGCAAGUGGCAAGCCGCACGACGACACUUUACUAGCUAAGCUUGAAACUGUCUACACCGGUUCCGGUGACCAUGGAUCAUCGAUGUUUGUGUUCAACAUGGAACAAGGACUACCACUCUGGCCAGAAUGGUUGUUCUUCAACCGAGUAACUGCUCGUGCUAGGAAGGGCGUGGAAAUCGGCCCUGCUCUCUUCCUUCUCAGCGUGUCGGGUGGCCAUGUCGUGGGAAAGUUCUCUCCUCACGAAGCGUUCGCCAUCGGUGGUACAAACAGCGUCAGAGGAUACGAAGAAGGCGCCGUGGGCUCUGGUCGAUCCUAUGUAGUCGGUUCGGGCGAACUUUCUUUCCCUUUGUUGGGGCCGGUGGAAGGAGUCAUAUUCAGCGACUACGGCACUGAUCUAGGUUCUGGACCAACCGUGCCAGGCGAUCCUGCCGGGGCGAGGCUGAAGCCCGGGAGUGGGUACGGGUACGGGUUCGGGGUGCGGGUCGAUUCGCCGUUGGGCCCAUUGCGGCUGGAGUAUGCAUUCAACGAUCGGCGGGCCAAAAGGUUUCACUUUGGAGUUGGUCACCGAAAUUAACGACUUCAGUUUACUAUCUCUCGAUCCCUCAACUAACUCCUCUUAAUUUCUUCACUUUGUUGGUUUAUAUUUAUCAAAAUGCAUGGAAUUGGUGUUCUUAUAGGUCGUUACCUACUCGUUUGCCCAAUGUCAAAGUUCUCUUUUCCCUCUUUUCUUAUGAUUUAAUUGCAAAGGCCCAUUUGAGAUUAAAUUAGUGCCUAAAUGUUGAUAUUUAAUGAAGUUAAAGUAGGGGUGUGCAACGGGUUGAUUUAAGAAAAUUUUAUCGAAGUG